AUGGGUAUGCUACUGCCCGACGAAACCUACGAGGCGAGAUCCUCCAACGUCCUGAUCGCGGAUGUAGACGAAAUCGAAGCUGCCAAAGCGCUAGCGGCGCUCCGCCGGUGCGAUGAGUUCCUGAAGAGGCACGGCAUCCGGCCCGAGUUCUUCUGCAGGCACCGAGAGCGUCUGGCUCUUCAGGCGUGGCUGCUGAAAAGAUCUAAGCUCUAUUCAGAUGCUUCCUCGUCGAACGAAGCGGUGCACCUACAGCAACGCCUGCGGAGUCUCAGCACGGAACUGGUGACCCUGAGGAACCGGCUGCACGUAAGUCAACCGGCGAGCACAUCAGGUCCGGCGGGCGGCACUUCUGGACCCCUGUCAAAGAGCCCGGAAAAGGGUUGCGCACCCUCCUCGCCCGCGCCAGCGGUACCGCCGAGGACAACCCUGCCGCCCAGUGGCGCGGUAUCUCACGGGAUCGGUCAUUCUGCGGGUCACACAUUGACAGCUUCCGCAAUUGUUCAUCCGCACGUCAAUCAUGCCAGCGCGAACACGCUCGGCCAUAACUCGACCGCAACAAAUAAUUUAAUUUCUGAUCUUGAUCCUUCGAAACGGCACAACGGAGUGCCUGAUGACGGGAUAGUAUCCUGCGUAACGGCACUAGGAUGCCUUCGGUCGCCGCCAAUCUCCAGCAUCAUCGCCGACGUGAAAAACGCGAGGAGCAACCAAAACCAGCAACGAUGCCUCCCAAAAAGCACCGCGCCUUCGCCCAGCCCUGCGACCUCCACGGCCUUCGACGACCUUAUUCAUCUACCCGAACCUCUCACAGAGGAUGCCGUGCUCAAGUGUCUUCAAGCUCGUUUCUGUGCCAAGCAGUAUCACACAAACGUGGGUCCUAUAUUGGUUUGCGUAAACCCUUAUACGGAUGUUGGAAAUCCGUUAACGUUAACGAGCACCAGAUCGGUACCAUUAGCACCUCAGCUGAACAAGGUUGUCCAGGAAGCCGUGAGACAGCAAUCGGAAACCGGGUAUCCGCAGGCGAUUAUCCUUUCCGGAACAAGUGGUUCCGGAAAAACGUACGCUUCAAUGCUAUUACUUAGACAACUCUUCGACGUCGCCGGCGGCGGACCGGAAACGGACGCUUUCAAACACCUAGCAGCAGCCUUCACGGUCCUCAGAUCCUUGGGCUCAGCGAAAACUGCCACAAACUCGGAGAGCUCAAGGAUAGGUCACUUUAUCGAAGUUCAAGUGACGGAUGGCGCUUUGUACAGAACAAAAAUUCAUUGUUACUUCCUGGACCAGACGCGAGUGAUCAGACCAUUGUCAGACGAAAAGAACUACCAUAUAUUUUAUCAGAUGUUAGCUGGAUUGUCACACGAUGAACGAGUUAAGUUAAAUUUGGAGGGAUAUAACGUUAAAAAUUUGAGGUAUCUCCAACACGGCGAUACGCGACAAGACGAAGCUGAGGAUGCUAUUCGUUUUCAAGCCUGGAAAGCUUGUUUGGGCGUUCUGGGCAUUCCGUUUUUGGACGUCGUAAGGGUGUUAGCAGCGGUGCUCAUCCUCGGCAAUGUCGGCUUCACAGAUGGCCCCGGCGUGGAAGUGGGCGUGAUUGGUGAAAACGAGUUAUCCUCCGUAGCUGCACUCCUGGGAGUUCCCCCGCCAGCCUUGUUACGAGGACUCACCUCGAGAACUCACAACGCGCGCGGCCAGCUCGUUAAAUCCGUCUGCGACGCCAACAUGUCUAACAUGACCAGGGAUUCGUUGGCGAAAGCGCUUUAUUGCCGUACCGUAGCUACGAUAGUAAGACGAGCUAACAGCUUGAAGAGACUCGGCUCAACUCUCGGCACCCUCUCAUCGGACUCCAACGAGUCCGUUCACAAUCAAGCGGAAGUUACUAGCCAGCACGCCUCCACCGUUGGUAGUUCGGCAGGAGGGACAGGAUCCAGAAGCAUGACUGCCCUGAAUAACGCUGUACGGCACGCAACGGAUGGUUUCAUCGGUAUCCUAGAUAUGUUCGGAUUUGAGGACCCAAAGCCGAGCCAAUUGGAGCACCUCUGCAUCAAUCUCUGCGCGGAGACGAUGCAGCACUUCUACAACACUCACAUUUUCAAAAGCUCCAUCGAGAGUUGUCGCGACGAAGGUAUCCGGUGCGACGUCGAAGUUGACUACGUCGACAACGUGCCAUGCAUUGAUCUCAUUUCCUCUUUGCGUACCGGAUUGCUAAGUAUGCUAGAUGUAGAAGGUUCUAUACAUGGAACCGCAGAAAGUUACGUCGCCAAAGUAAAGGUGCAGCACAAGCAAAAUCCUCGACUAUUCGAGCCAAGGACCGUCGACUGCAGAUCCUUCGGUAUUCAGCACUUCGCAGGAAGAGUCACUUACGACGCUUCUGAUUUUCUGGACACGAAUAAGGACGUCGUCCCCGAUGACUUGGUAGCAGUUUUCUACAAGCACACGUGCAGUUUUGGCUUCGCCACGCAUUUGUUCGGCAGCGAGCUGAAAGCAUUGUACGCGAACGAUACUGUGCCGAGGGGCGUCAGUUUCCGGAUAUCGCCGACUUCUCACACAGAUCUUUUAAAUGGAGACGAGCCAAUAUCGACGUUGACGCAGGACUUUCAUACGAGAUUAGAUAAUCUUCUGAGGACUCUGGUCCAUGCUAGACCGCACUUCGUCAGAUGCAUUCGAAGCAACAGCACUGAAACGCCGAUGCACCUCGACAGAGGAGUCACGAUGCGUCAAAUACGCUCACUGCAAGUUCUGGAAACGGUGAACCUCAUGGCGGGAGGAUACCCGCACAGAAUGCGAUUUAAAGCCUUUAACGCGAGAUAUAGACUGAUCGCACCCUUCAAGCAGUUGCGUCGCGCCGAGGAGCAAGCUGUCGAGGACACGAAAUUGAUUUUGCAGAACGCGCAGCAGCUGAAGAGUAAAUUUGGCGCCAGCACUAGCUGGGCCCUCGGUAAGCGGCACAUUUUUCUCAGCGAAGGUAUCAGGCAACAGCUCGAAAACCUGCGAGCGGAAACACGAAGGAGAGCCGCUACAGUAAUACAGACUAUGUGGAGAGGAUGGCGAGUACGAAAGAGAUGGCCUAUGAGAAGGACAACUCUAGGAGUAACGUCCGGCAUCGGUCAGAAGAAACCUCAGCAGCCACCUACGGGAACCAAUACCGGAACCGUUCAGAGAAAUGUCACCACUGGCGCAGGAACCGGAACUGGCACUCGUCCAAGACCGCAACCAAUCGCUGGCACACCACCUCCCGAUCCUUCUGAGAAAUGCGCCGACCAGAAGAUGAUCCAGCAAACUUGUACACUUUUCGGACUGGAUCUGGAGCGACCGCCACCUGUCCCUCCCAGCAGAUCCUAUACUGUGACCGGAAACACAAAACUUGGUUACCCGCAAACCAGGAUUAUGAAAAUGCCAUUUCCAGAAGAGGGCGAAGGUGAGGUGGUCCUCUUGAAAGGAGAGACGGUUUUGGUCAUAGGUGCGUCACCCAAACGAGGUUAUCUUCUUGUAGAACACAAUAACACUACAUUACACGUGCCGUAUCAGUUCAUGGAAUUGAAGCCAUGUAAUAUUAAUGUCUAA